AUGGCACGCAGACUGCAGUAUUCAUUGGGCUUAACCUUUACUGUCAUAACCAUUCUGUGGGCCGGCGCGGAAGCCCAAUCCAACGACUGCACCAACGUCCUAAUCAGCAUGUCCCCUUGCCUGGAUUACAUCUCGGGCAACUCGAGCAGCGGCCCGUCAAGCGGCUGCUGCACGCAGCUGCGCACGGUGGUUGGGUCCCGGCCGCAGUGCCUGUGCCAGCUGCUCAACUCCAACUCCAAUCUCGGCCUCAACAUUAACCAGACACAGGCUCUCGCCCUGCCUGCUGCUUGCAGUGUCCCAACCCCACCCACCACUCAAUGCCGCAAUGCUGCAACUCCAUCUGGCUCCCCUGUUUCAAGACCCAAUUCUCCAAACACAAAUUCAGGGGCCGGAUCAGAAAAUGUGCCCGACGGUUCCUCAGGUGCAAAUUCCACGAAAUUGGGGGUGUCUUUGCUAUUUUCUCUUUUUCUCGUGGCAUCCUAUGUUUCUACUUUAGCAAUGGCUUGA